AUGCCUACUGAACCAACAAACGUGUCCCGCGCCGGCAUAACCACCUCAGCAUCCGGCGAGCGACACAUCCCAUCCUCCGUACGACCAGAUGGUUCCGUAAGAAAAGAAAUCCGCGUACGCCCUGGUUAUCGCCCUCCGGAAGAUGUCGAGCUCUACAAGAACCGUACUGCCGAAGCAUACAAGAAUCGCACCAAGGGUGGUGUUCCAGGCGCUGAUACUGCCUCUGCCCCAGCCGACGCCCCUUCUGCCAAUGCCAAUAAGAAUGCAAAACGGAGAGAGGCCAGGAAGAAGGCUGCCGCUUCCGCUCCCAGCAGAGAUGAAUCCGCUGCCUCAGUUUCGUCAGUGAAAGAACCUGCGGCUCCCGUGGAACCUGUCAAACAGGAGCCUAUUGACCCCGAGGCCGAGAAGACGAAGGAGGCUAAGAAAUUGGCCAAAAAGCUCCGUCAGGCACGCGACCUUCAAGACAAGAAAGAAAAGGGUGACUCUCUGCUUCCCGAACAAUUCCAAAAAGUUAUCAAGAUCAAUGAGCUCGUUCGACAACUUGAGAACCUGGGCUUUGAUUCCAAUGGAGACAAGAAAUCGACACAUGCCGAAUCAUGA